AUGCUGUUGAGACAUUUGAGUCACCCCUGCUGGUUGGUGGCCAUCGAUAUAUCGUUUUGGUCUACUUGGCAAAAAUCUGUUCCAACAUACAUGCUCACGGACUUGUACGUGGUAUAUUACUUUAAUAUGGGAGGUAAUAUCGCUUGUAGAUUGAUUCUGAUGAAAUAG